UAUAAAAUAUAAAAAUAAAUCAGACUUUUAAAAAGAAAACGUCAUCACGUACUAAAAAUCAAUAUUGCAAGAAAAUACCGACUUUUCAUAUUUAUGUUUAAGAUAUACUGUAAUUGUAUUAAUUACUGGAGAAAACCAAUUCGAGAUCAAUUAAAAUUCCGUACAUGGAUAACAGCUAUAUUCAAGAAAGCUGAUACAAAAUUUAAGCCACUUAGGAAGUAUAUGAAUUCGAGUUGUAAUGAAGAUUCAAAUUAGUAUUUGUACUUUAUUAAUAUUUGUUCAAGUAGUUGUCUCCACACUGACGCCGAAAUCUGUCAAAAAUAAAGAAAAAAAAUCAAAAACUACAAAUGAAAAACUUAGAUUAGGGCCACAAAAUUACACUGUUUUCAACAAAAAUCUUGUUAAAGAAUAUCCUACGUCUAAAGAAAUAAUCACCAAUCAUCAAGCAUUUUUCAGAGAAGUAGACGAGUAUAAUUUUGAUGGAAUUGUUUUGGGCUAUGUAACACCCUGGAAUAAUCAUGGUUAUGAUAUAGCGAAAAUAUUUGGUAAUAAAUUUACCCAUAUUAGCCCAGUUUGGCUUCAAUUGAAACGAAGAGGAAAACAAAAGUAUGAAGUCACUGGAACACAUGAUGUAGAUAAAGACUGGAUGGUAACUGUACGUAAUGCAGGAAGAGAGAGAAAACUCAAAAUUGUACCGAGAGUGCUUUUUGAAGGUUGGACUGGCCAAGAUUACUCUAGCCUACUAUCAGAUAAUAGUGAAAUGAAAGAAUUUGUCAAAACUCUUGUUCAUACGGCCAAAAAACACGAUUUUAAUGGUUAUGUUUUUGAAUUUUGGAUGCAGCUUUCUCAAGUCUUAAAAUUUGAUAUCCUUGUUAAUUUUGUAAGACAGUUGAGUGAUGCGCUGAGCAUUGAAAGUUUUGAAACAAUAUUAGUAAUACCUCCAAAAAGAGGUAAAGAAGAAUUAUUCAUUGAUAAACAUUUUGAAGCAUUGUAUGAUUAUGUGAGUGCUUUCUCCUUAAUGACCUAUGAUUUCUCAAAUCCAUCUCAACCUGGUCCAAAUGCUCCAAUUCCUUGGGUUGAAGAUUGUAUAAUAUCUUUAACGUCAGAUCUAAAGAAGCGAAAAAAAAUAUUAACCGGUUUAAACUUUUAUGGAAAUGAUUACACUUCCAAUGGUGGAAAAGCUAUUGUAUCACAUGAAUAUAUAGAAAUGUUAAAUAUACAUAAAAGUAAAUUACAUUAUGAUCCACAAAUUGCAGAACACUUUUUUGAGUACAAGCAAAAUGGUAUAAAACAUUUGGUUUUUUAUCCUACACUGUAUUCUAUUAACCGGAGGCUAGAACUUUGUAAAUCUUUAAAUACUGGAAUAUCUAUUUGGGAAUUAGGACAAGGACUAGAUUAUUUUUAUGACUUAUUGUGAUAUUUUAAGACUGAUUAAAAAUAAACUUCUAACAUUUUCAUAA